AUGUCAGCCCAACCCCAAUCGACAUUAGCACAUCACGGAAAACCUUCCAAUGGUGCGGCAAUAACGUUUGAUCCCAUUAACAUCACUACUAAUUCCACCAUACCGGCUCCUGAAAAUCAAACUAGCUCGCCCACUCAACAUCAUCGACCCGUAAAAUCUAAACGAAUGACGAGUAGUUUUUUCAGUAGACGAAGGUCGGAGUUUUAUGAUGAUGAUGAUGAAUUCUACGACGGUUGUUGCGGAUCUGUUCGUUCGAUUGGGUCACGAAUUAAAUAUCGAUUUAAAGAACUUUUGCAGAGGACAGGGAAGAAAGGUGUUACCAAUGCGGAUGAUAAAAAUAAAAGCUGA